GGGAGGGGAGGGGGAGGAAGAGAGAGAGAGAGGCAGCCAUCUUUUCCUCGAGUUUGGAUUUUUUGAUGCAUGGCGAUUAUGUAGUUAGUUUAUUUAGUUAAUUGUGAUUAAUAAUGAAUGUGGACUGCGGAAGAACUUUGGCGGUGUUAAGAUUUGUUUCUUAAAUUAAUUAUAUCUCCGGUCUUUCAACAAUGGACGCCGUAAAGGAAUUUAAUAAGGAGCUGUCCUCAUUAUAUGAGGUCAAGCCUCCGAUAUCUAAGGCCAAAAUGACAACAAUUACAAGAACAGCUAUCAAGGCCAUUAAAUUUUACAAACAUGUAGUGCAGAGUGUAGAGAAGUUUAUACAAAAGUGCAAACCUGAAUAUAAAGUUCCUGGGCUGUAUGUAAUUGAUUCCAUUGUGAGACAGUCCCGCCAUCAGUUUGGAUCGGAAAAGGAUGUUUUUGCUCCUAGAUUUUCCAAGAAUAUGCAGACCACUUUCAUAUAUCUUUUCCGCUGUAAUCCUGAUGAUAAGAGCAAAGUAAUCAGAGUGCUCAAUUUAUGGCAAAAAAAUCAAGUGUUUGUUCCCGAAGUAAUUCAACCAUUGUUUGACCUGGCGGACCCUAAUCAUGCAAUUCACAAAGAUCCAGCAAUCCAAGCUAUUGCAGCAGCUGCUGCUGCAGCCGCUGCUGCCACCGCCUCUACAACCAAUAUGUCUUCUACCAGUAAUGGGUUAGCUUCAACUCCAACCAAAGUUUCCAAGCCGAAUAACAAACCUGAGAGUGUUACUCCUCACUGGCUGGCUCAAGCUUCAAGUUUAGAAGCCUCUAAAAGCACACCUACCCCUGUUCCAUCCAAUUCAGAGAACCUUCUUCAACAGUUGCAACAACUUCAAAACUUAAUUAAUAUGAAUAAACAGCAACAAGAUUCAACUAAAGCUGAUCAGGUAAAGUUUGACCGGAAGCUGUUGGACUUCGACUAUGGUGAAGAAGAAGAUGACAAUGAUGUAGUUAUUGCACCAUCUCCCAAACCUACAGGCUCUCAGUUGACAUUAGACUCAAUUCUGGCAAAUCCUGAAAUUUUACGUCAGCUCCAAAAUUUCCAACAAAUGCAGCAACAACAAGAGGAGGAAAAGAGGCGAAAACUGCAAGAAAUGAAACAACAAGAGGAAGAAUUUGAUAAACAUCUAGCCCAAACUGUUCCUAAAUUGCCUUUUGCUGCUGAGUGUGACCUCAAGUUGCCUGACAUGAAACAACCACCUCCAACAAACAGUCUUUUUGACCAAAGUAAGGCAGCAUAUGCCUUUCCUGUACCCGAUAUGUCUCAACCUCCUCCUGGCUACAUGCCUAAUUCAUUGAAACGGGAUCGUAGCCCAUUGGAGGAAGGGGAACAGGCUGACUCUGAAAUAGAAUUUAUCAAUGAAGAUAGAUCAUCUGUAAGACCAAGUGGUAGCCAAGAUACUGGAAGCUCUGUUGAAAUAAUCAAUUUAGAAAGAAGUAGAUCUCGUAGCUUGUCACCUAAAAGUAAAAGAAGAAGAGGACGAAGUAGAUCAAGAUCUAGAGAAAGACGCCGUGGUAGGCGCUCUAGGUCAAGAUCAUCUAGCCGUUCUGGUUCGAGAUCACGUAGAAGACGAUCACGAGACCGUGAUAGAGAAAAGGAGAAAGAGAAAGAAAAAGAAAGGGAGGCUGAUAAGGAGAAGCAGAGGGAAAAAGAGCGUGAAAGGAGAAAGAAGGGUUUGCCUCCCAUUAAGAAAGAUCACUUGGCAGUUUGUAGUACCACACUGUGGGUCGGUCAUUUAUCAAAACUCGUGCAUCAAGAAGAGCUAUCGGACACAUUCGGAGAGUAUGGUGAUAUUGUGUCAAUUGAUCUUAUUCCACCUAGAGGAUGUGCUUUUAUUUGUAUGAACCGGCGUCAAGACGCAUACAGAGCACUGAACAAAUUAAAAAAUUUCAAACUUCAAGGGAAAGCUAUCACUCUGGCUUGGGCUCCAGGAAGAGGAGUUAAAGGAAAAGAAUGGAAAGAUUAUUGGGAAGUUGAUUUGGGCGUUUCAUACAUUGCUUGGACCAAGUUGACUUCAGGUGUAAACCUUGAGGCUUUAGAAGAAGGAGGCAUGAUUGACGAAGAGACCUUGCCUGACUGGUUAAAACCUGGGUCAUCUGGGAAGCCACCAGGUGAGGAAGCUGCAGCUACUCCCACAGCACCCCCAGGCUUUGCUCCCUUACCAGAAGUUCAGCCACCAGUUCGUGUUGAUACAUCACAGCCACCCCCAUCACGUACUGAGUUGCCAGUCUUAGGCAAUGCUCCAAAUGUUGGAGGAAUUCCUGUUCCUGGGGGAAUAGGAAUGGUGCAACCAUUUAGUAUUCACAAUAUGCCCCGACUAAUUACACCCAUGAGUAUGGCUAUGGGUCAUGGUAUAAUGCCUUCAAUGGGUGUACCACCACCUGGCAUGCAGGGCAUGCUUGUACCACCUGGUGCCCAAAUGAUGGCCCAACAAAUGCUUCAACAAGGUGUCAAUGUUCCAUUCUCCAGUGCUCCUGGUAUUAUGGGAUUGGGUCUUGCUAACUCUCCUUCCCCUGCUGGUAAAGUGGUACCACCUGUGGGAGUGCCUCCACCUACCACAGAGGGUCCAAGUAAACCAUUUGGUGCUCCAACUCGUGUGCCUCAACACACACCUAAUGCGCCUAUGCAUUCAUCUGCUAACCACCAAGAUGAUGAAAACAUGGACGUGGAUCAGGAUGACGAUCCAAAACCUGACAAAUCUGAAAACGCUAGUCUGAGCGACCAGCUAUUGGCUUCCCUGGGUGGCCCGUCCUUUUCGCACCUGCCGCUUCACCUUCAGCCUUCCUUCAUGCAACCGCCACCCAACCUCCCGGGCAACUUCAGCCAGCCUCCGCCUUUCCCACCUCCACAAGGAAUGGCCAACAACGAAGACGCAGACGAUCGGGACAGAGGAAGAGACCGCGACGGGCGCAGGGACCGGGACCGAUCUAGCCGGGAGCGGGAUCGCGGUGAUCGAGAUCGCGACCGGGACCGCGGCGGAGACAAGGACCGCCGUCGAGGAGACAGAGACCGUGACCGAGACCGGGACAGGGACCGCCGAGGAAGAGACCGGUGGGGUGACCGGGAUAGGAGAGACCGUGACAGGGAUCGGGAUCGGGGCAGGAGUCGCGACAAGGAUCGUGAUGACAGGGAUGGUGGACCAUCCAAACCGUGGGAGAACCAGAACCAAGAGGGCAAGGAGGAUGGCGACAAAGAAGCGCCUAAGCUCAGUUUGGCAGACAGGCUACUCAGUCUUGCAAACAUGGACGUGCCCUCAAACUCGGACUUAAGGAGCUCUACGUUUGGACGACAAUCUAAUCGCAGAAACAACGACAAGGAUGGUGACGAUGGCAAGAAGCAUGAUGACGACAAACCCCCAUCUCUCCUGGACAUGCCCAAGCUCGCGCCGCCAGAUGGCAAAGGUCCUCAAGCAGACGGAGCCUUCCCGAAUAGGAGUAUACCGCCAGGUGGGCCGAUGUUUGGUCUCAGAGGUCCUCCAGGCGGUCCCGGUCUUCCUGGUGGCCCUCCUGGUCCUCAACCAGGACCGUCAGGUGUGGCUCCCGGCAUCCUAGGUCCGGUCCCGGGUGGACCGUCAGCCGGACCCCCUGUUGGGCCACCUGGGGGGCCCAUGGGAGGUCCCAUGAGUGGGCCGCCAGGCGGGCCCCCAGGUGGUGGACCUGGCGGGCCUCCCGUGGGUCUCGGCCUGCUCGGCGAGCCCCCUGGCCCGGGCCUCCCUCCGGACGGCUUCCGUGGACGUGGACCUCUGCCUGACGGCUUCGUCCCUCGAGGCCCCCACGGCCCACUUGGUGGUCCCCCGCAUCCUGACAUGAUGCAUCCGCUGGAGCGCGAAGAGUUCCUUCGCGGCCGCGAGGCCUUCGGGAGGGGCCCGCUCCCAGACUUCGGACCUGACGGGCCGGACUUUGACGGUUUCGAUCCGAUGAUGCCGGAUGACUUCCGCGGUCCAAGGAUGCCCCCGCGCCCGGACUUCGACCCGCGCGACGGGCCGCUGCUGCCGCCCAGAGGUCCCCACGGCCCCAUGCCGGACGAGUUCGACAUGAUGCACCCCGACGACAUGGACUUCGACCCGCGCGGCAGGAUGAUGGACCCGCACGGCCGGCCGCACCCGCACAUGUUCGACCCCAUGGACAUGCACGGACCGCCACACGGCCCGCCGCACGGCCCACCGCACCCAGACGACUUCGACCACAUGCCGCCCGACUUCUUCCCUCCCAGGGGCAUGAUGGGGCCCCGGGGGCCGCGCCCAAUGAUGGGCCGAGGAGGGCCUGAUUUCAUGUUUCGCGUUCGGCCUCGAGGCCCUCAUCCUGGUUUGUGGCGAGACGGCCAAGGCCCACCUCGCGGCUUCCCCAUGGGCUUUGACGGCCCCAUGCUGGACGGGCCGCCCGACGCGUUCUUCGGCCCCGGAGGCAUGCCCUUCGACGACAUGGACCGCCGGCAUCCUCGAGGACCUCCCCUGGGCCCGCCGGGGCCGGGCGGCGCGUGGCGGGGCAUGAUGGGCAUGGACAUGGAUGACGGGCCCUUCAUGGGACCUGGGCCCGGACCAGACAUGGAACUGGAGAUGGAAAUGGAGCGUGCCCGCGAAAGGGAGAUGGCUCUCGGGGGCCGACCUAGAUCCAGGGAUAGGGAUAGGGAGCGGGAAAGGGAACGGGAGAGAGAUAGAGACAGAGAGAGAGACAGAGACAGGGGUAGAGACAGAGGAGAACGGGGACGUCGAUCCCGGUGGGCGAACUCUUCGCCUUCCCAGGACAGUGGUCCCGGUGCCACACAACAAGACCUGGAGGCUGGUCCCCCAACUGACGCAGACCAUGAAGCUCGCCCUGAAGCUCGUACGGAAGCUCACCCGGAAGCUCGUCCAGAAGCUCACCCGGAAUCUCGUCCAGAAGGUCCCCCCGAAGCUCGUCCAGAAGCUCACCCUGAAGCUCACCCGGAAGCUCGUCCAGAAACUCAACCUGAAGCCCAAUCUGAAACUCACCAUGAAACUCUAGCCGAGUCGCGAGAUGAGCCUGCUCCAUCUCAAAGUGAAAGUGAACCUAGGCGAAAUGAUGAUUGGCAACCUAGCCAACAUAAUACUAAUGACUCUGACUUGGCUGGAAACAACACAUUUCCUGUUGAGUUUUCAGAGACAGUGCAGCAUCCCUCAUCACAGCAGGAGGAAACUGUGCAACACGACUAUGAACCUAGAGAAGGUUCAUCCUUAGCGGCUGCACAUGAAAGGACAUUUGUAGAAUCUCCACCGAGGGGGGACUUUAAUACUGAUAUGAAUGAGACUGCUCCACCUAGAGAAGCAGAAUCUUAUGACUCUUUUGAUAAUGGGAACAAAUUGGUACCAGAAUCAGUGGAUAGGUUUGAAGGUAACCAUCAAGACACUGCUGAUGUUGCUCAAUUAGGGGCUAAUGGCCCAGUAUCCGAUGGUUUGAAUGAGAAUGAUUCUACAACUAUAUCUGGAGAGCAAAUUAAUCCUCAGGUAAAUGUUUCAGAUGAGGUGGAAAAUGUUGUAUAAUACUAUUUCAACAACUUAAAUUAAAUUAAAACUUUCUGCUUAUAUCAAAUGUUCUAAGAAUUACAGUGCAAUAUUUUCUGGUAUUGAUUGUUUAUCAUCAUGAUCUUCUUUCAUUUAAUUAUUUGCAAAGACUUCCAUUACUUUUUACUGGUGUUCAUAUGUUAAUCAUUUCUUUGUCAUGCAUUUGUCUCACAUCACUCUCUGUGAUAUUCAGUUAAAACAACAUAAGAAAAAUGACAUCAAUACUCCUAAUGAAUUUCUAAGGCAGAAGUGUUUGUACAGUGUUUAUUUAGAUAGUUAAAGUAAAAAAAAAGGAAUGCAUGUCUUUCCUUGCUUUGUAUAGUUAAUCAGAUUUUCUCCCCAGUCGAACACAGUUGCCAGACAUUUGGGACUUUAAAUUUUUAUUAAUUCAUGACUUGUUUUUGAUUUAAAUAAUGUAGGUAUCAGGAAUAUUGGCAAAGUCUCAAGUGUAAUUUCACUUGAAAUAUGUUUUGAUUUCAAUUGUAAACUCUCCUGUUAUGUUUUGAUGUUGGAAUUGAAGUCCGCCUUGUUGAGCAGGUUGAGAAGUACGUUGACAUCUUUCUGUAAGUCUGUGGUAGGUUUUCUUUAGUAAUCUACUCCAGUGCAGUGUUUUACUUCCAAGACUGGAUGAAUGUUUUCAUUGUUCUUUCCAAUUAUACGAAAAAUUUUAUUCUAGCAUUAUUUAUGUGACUUUUUUUUCUUUUUUGAUGUGGGAAUGCAAAUUAUGUAAUGGUUGUGAUAUGGUUUGGGACUCCAGGCCUGCGAGUGAAGUUUUUCAGCUCUGGUGUGUGCUAUGCUGUCGAAUGAAAGUGAACACAGGACCUAAACUUGAUUAGUUACCAAAGACAAUGUUCAGCUUAGUCAUUUAUACUUGAUUUUUAAAAAAAUGAAAGGUGAUUUUUGUACAGAGCUUUCUAUUACUACAUCUUUUAACUCAGUUUUAUUUUAAAAAAUGUUUUGUACGGUUAAUUUUACAUCAUGUUGCAAUUUUGAUUCUUUAGGAACUAGCUGGGUACCUUUUCUGAUGAUCAUACGUUGUGUUCAUUCGUGCUAAAUAAAAUUUAUAUAUUUUUGUACAGCCUAAGAGUUGGUUUUAUUAAGUAAGGUUUCUCCUGUGUUCCUGUGUUCACGGAGCAGCAGCGCAUGCGGGCGCUGCACGACAGGGCAGCCUCCACGUUGGAUGACUCGCGCUUGCACUCAAAUGGAGUGACAAGUGCAAGGUAUUGUCAAUUGUUUUUUUUCUUCAUUUGUUUGUUACCUUGAGCAUUGCAGGUUGCUGGUAUUGUAGGCAUGAAUCACUUCAGAGGGUUUCUUCCAAUCCAUGUAAUGUUACCUUUUUCUUUCCCGUCAACUAGAGAAAGGAGGGUUUGCUUUCUUUCCAUGGUCUUGUAUGUAUUACAUUAAUGCACUACUCUCUUCGUCCUUCAUAGAAAAUUUAAAGCAAUAUCAUGUUAUGUUUUCAUUUUCUACAUUUCUUUGUUCAUAUGAGGAGAUAGUAACUUUUGAAGUUAAUUUCUAAAUGCAGUUCCACACUGCACGUAAGAGGUAAAAGUGUCACUUUGGCAUAUUUCUGUUAAUUUUGAGCCCUUAAAAUACAUAUUAUAAUUUAGUUGUUAAGAUGUAGAAAUGUUGAGCAGUUACCUGUCUCAUUUGGAAGGGCUUACAAGUUGUACAUAUUCGUUAAAUCACAGUUUAAAACAGAUAAUUUUCAUUAAAUGUGAGUACAUUUAGGAAUGUCGAUUUAUUAUUGGGUGGGAAGUUCUACAUUUGCAAUUUUCUUAAUGUUUCUUGUGUGUCAUUAACAAUUUGGUAAUAUGCUCUAUAGUAAUAAAGUACUGAGGAAUUAA